AUGGUUGAACCAGUAGGGUUUGUGGAGGCUUGGAAAGCCCAGUUUCCUGAAUCUGAUCCGCCAUGUAUGGAGUUGAAUUCUAUGGGAGAUAUUGAACAGGAGUUGGACAAAUGUAAGACAUCCAUCAAAGAAUUGGAGAAGGAAGUAAACAAAGAACGGUUUAGGAUGAUCUACCUGCAGACCCUGUUGGCAAAAGAGAGAAAGUCCUAUGAUGGCCAGCGAUGGGGGUUUAAAAGGAUUCCUCAGACAAGUGAUGGAGACCUUCCCGCAGUGCCAGACAUCCAGAUGUCUCACAAAGAGGAAGUGUUAGUAGUACAGCCACAGACAGCACCUGGGAAGACAGGUAAGCGGUCCCCAGAUACAGAAGGAGAGGUUGAGGUUGCCAAACAGAAAACCGGUGAGACACCUGCCCGGCAAGAGUCAGACUUUUCCGAAUUCCCGGUAGGACCGGGUUCAGUGGCGGCUCUGAGAUCCAACUUUGAGCGCAUCAGGAGAGCCAACUCUCACACAGGUGGUGAUGGCAGAGGGUUUUCGGUGACUGGAGGGCCAGACAAACCUUUCUACGUGAAUAUGGAAUACCAUUAUGAACGAGGACUGGUUAAAGUUAACGACAAGGAUGUCUCAGAAAAGAUCAGCACACUUGGCUGUCAGGCCAUGCAGAUGGAACGCAAGAGGACUCUUUAUUCUGUACCAGGGAACCUGUCAGCCACCACAGGGGACAUAAACAAGUGCUUUCAGAGGGGCCGGUCCACGGAGGGGACAUGCAGUUACACCGGGUCAUAUGACGAACCAGAGGUCACCCAUCACUUCCUGAAAGAUGGUUCCACUGGAGGGAAAUCUGAGCCACAGCCAAUUGAGUGCCAACCGUACACUAGCGUGUAUGUUGGGGGGAUGAUGGCUGAGGGAGACACUCGGGUGAUCCACAUUAAAGACCACAGCAUAGACGAGAACACUCACCUAACAUGGCCACGACGCUCUUGCUCUCCCAGCGGCUUUGAAGACGACGGAGGAGGAGGAUACACACCAGACUGCAGCUCCAAUGAGAACUUGACAUCAAGUGAGGAGGACUUCUCCUCAAGCCAGUCCAGCCAUAUUUCUCCCAGUCCCACCACCUAUCCGAUGUUCAGAAACAAAAGUCGCUCACCUUCCCAGCAGUCGUUUGACAGCAGCAGCCCACCCACACCCAUCUCCCAAAAACGUCUGAAGCAGCAGGUGGAGGUGACCGAACAGAUCAGAGGACAUAAAGCAGGCCAACCUUGGCCCAGUGAUGGGGAGUCCACCACAUCUAGCAGGACCUCCCAUGACAACAGUGUUCAAGGCGAUCUGGCUGCUUCAUAUGCUGGUGGCACUUCGCCGUCAUUUAAUUAUGACUUGGAACACUCGGAAGAACAGUCUUGUCACGAUGCGCUCUCCCUCACUGGCUCUCCUCUCUCCUCACCUAAACUCCGCUCGAAAAGUCGAUGCAGCCGAGACACGCAGUCAUCUGGUUCCCUGGAGUCUACGCUGUCGGUUGAACUUGAUCAGGAAAAAGGUGUGGAGAUGAGGAAAUGGGUUGUCUCUGGAAUCCUGGCCAGUGAGGAGACCUACCUCAGCCACCUAGAAGCACUUUUGAUUCCCAUGAAGCCUCUCAGGGCCGCAGCCACAACAUCCCAACCAAUGCUGACCAUCCAACAGAUUGAGACGAUUUUCUUUAAAGUGCCAGAGCUCCAUGAGAUCCAUAAAGACUUCUACGAUGCUCUGCUCCCUCGUGUGCAAGACUGGAAUUACCAGCAGUGUGUGGGAGACCUUUUCCAGAGACUGGCCAGCCAGCUCGGAGUCUACCGGGCAUUUGUAGAUAACUAUAAGGUUGCUGUGGCGACAGCAGACAAGUGCUGCCAGGCCAACACGCAGUUUGCACAGAUAUCUGAGAAUCUCAAGGUCAAAAGCACUAAGGAUAGCAAAGACCAGUCAGCCAAGAGAUCCCUAGAGACUCUUCUCUACAAGCCUGUAGACCGGGUGACACGCAGCACACUUGUUCUUCAUGAUUUAUUGAAGCACACUCCCGCCAGUCAUCCUGACUAUCCACUGCUACAGGAUGCCCUGCGCAUCUCGCAGAACUUCCUGUCCAGCAUUAAUGAAGAGAUCACUCCUCGAAGACAGUCAAUGACAGUACAGAAGGGAGAGAAUCGUCAACUUCUGAGGGACCGCUUCAUGGUGGAGCUAGUUGAAGGUUCCAGGAAACUCCGUCAUGUCUUCCUCUUCACUGACCUGCUACUCUGUACCAAACUGAAGAAACAGGCAGCAGGGAAAGGACAACAGUAUGAGUGCAAGUGGUACAUUCCACUGGUCGACCUGACCUUUCAGACCAUUGAGGACUGUGAGUCGACCCCGAUCCCUUUGGUUCAGGAUGAGGAAAUUGAUGCAAUGAAGAUUAAACUGUCCCAAAUUAAGAAUGAAAUCCAAAGAGAAAAGAGAACUGCCAAAGGACCCAAGGCGAUGGAGCGACUGAGGAAGAGGUUAUCAGAGCAGGAGUCUUUGCUUCUCCUCAUGUCACCAAACAUGGCUUUCAGAGUGGCGAACAGGAAUGGCAAGGGCUUCACAUUUCUGAUCUCGUCAGACUAUGAACGUGCUGAAUGGAGGGAGACCAUUCGUGAGCAGCAGAAGAAAUGUUUCAAGAGCUUCUCUCUGACAUCCCUAGAACUUCAGAUGCUUACUAACUCAUGCGUGAAACUCCAGACUGUCCACACUAUUCCACUGACAAUGAACAAAGAUGAUGAUGAAUCUCCCGGACUGUACGGCUUCUUGAAUGUCAUUGUACACUCUGCAUCAGGUCUCAAACAAACCUCAAACCUUUACUGCUCUCUUGAGGUGGAUUCCUUUGGGUACUUUGUCAACAAAGCCAAAACGCGCGUGUACAGGGACUCGACAGAGCCUAGCUGGAAUGAGGAGUUUGAGAUUGAGCUGGAAGGCUCCCAGAUGCUGAGGCUGCUCUGCUAUGAAAAAUCUUGCAACAAACCCAAGCAGAGCAAAGAAGAUGGAGAGAUGACUGACAAGAUUAUGGUCAAAGGACAGAUUAAGUUGGAUCCACAAAACUUGCAAAACAAAGACUGGCAGAGAACAGUCAUUGCUAUGAAUGGGGUUCAAGUCAAACUUUCAAUGAAGUUUACCAGCAGAGAGUUCAGUCUCAAGCGCAUGCCUUCACGGAAACAGUCUGGCGUGUUUGGGGUGAAAAUUAAUGUUGUAACAAAACGGGAACGCUCUAAGGUUCCCCUCAUUGUGAGGCAAUGUGUUGAGGAGAUAGAGCGUCGAGGAAUGGAGGAAGUGGGUAUCUACAGAGUGUCGGGUGUUGCAACUGAGAUCCAAGCUCUUAAGGCUGCCUUUGAAUCUAACAACAAGGAUGUGUCUGUGUUUAUGAGAGACAUGGAUGUGAACGCCAUUGCUGGUACGCUGAAGUUGUAUUUCCGCGAGCUGCCGGAGCCUCUUUUCACUGAUGAGUUAUACCCCAACUUUUCUGGAGGCAUAGCACUUUCUGACACUGUGGCCAAGGAGAGCUGCAUGCUCAACCUGCUGCUUUCUCUACCAGAACCCAAUCUGGUCACUUUUCUCUUUCUGCUUGACCACCUGAAAAGGGUGGCUGAAAAUGAGAGCUACAACAAGAUGUCGCUGCACAAUCUGGCCACCGUUUUUGGACCCACUUUGCUUAGGCCGUCUGAGAAAGAUACCAAAAUCACGAUCAACAGUUCACAGCCGAUUUCCAUGAACGACAGCUGGUCGCUGGAGGUCAUGGCUCAGGUGCAAGUUUUACUCUAUUUUCUUCAGUUGGAGAGCAUUCCAGCACCUGACAGCAAACGGCAAAGCCUUCUUUUCUCCACUGAAGUAUAG